AGUUUCGCGGUGACGUUAUGAUGGCAGGGAGAAAAAGAAAGACGCCUCAAGAAGCAUUAAAUCCCACGGAAUUAAAGGUGUCACCUGUCAAACUGAAUAAGAAGUGUGACAAUCCUCAAAGUCCGGAGACGGAGAGAAGCCAUUAUUUCAUCAAGAAUGACCUGCAGCACAGACUCGGAGAGGAUUUUUUCAACCAGCCGUGUCUCAGUUUGGCUAAAGCAUUACUCGGAAAGGUGUUGGUCCGCAGGUGUGCCGAUGGGACUGAGCUGCGAGGGAGAAUAGUGGAAACUGAAGCCUACCUUGGAGGGGAGGACAACGCUUCACACUCAGCAGGAGGCAAACGCACUGAAAGGAACACCGCCAUGUUCAUGAAGCCUGGCACAAUCUACGUGUAUCCGAUCUAUGGCAUCUACCUCUGUAUGAACGUGUCUAGUGAAGGGGAGGGUGCUGCCGUGCUGCUGCGCUCCCUGGAGUCCCUGCAGGGUCAGCCCCUCAUGAGGCAGCUGAGGGCAGCCAGACGCAGAGAGGGAGCCCGACAACUGAAGGACAAAGAGCUUUCCAACGGGCCGUCCAAGCUGUGCCAGGCUCUAAAUAUACUCCGCUGUUUUGAUCGCCGAGACCUCGCCUCAGACCCAGACGUGUGGCUGGAGAGGGAGCCCGACACAAAUUCAGCAGAACCCCACGACAUCGUAUCGGCACCACGCGUUGGAAUUGAAUCUCAUGGGGAAUGGGCCAUGAAGCCCUGGCGGUUCUAUCUCCGUGGGCACCCCUGUGUUAGCGUCGUGAAUAAAGAGGCAGAAAGACAGUCUGUAAAUGUAACGAACAAUGUACUGUAGGUCCCUCAGAAGUCAAGAGGGCGUAACAGGAAUAUCCCUGGAACUACUCUGCCAUCUGUUCCCUCUGUGGACGUCUCCCAUUUAGGCAGUAUAAAAACUCAAGAAGAAAGUCAAGUAGAAUAACCUUCUGGACUGGUUGAAUGCCUACAUUCCAAUCUGCAUCAAUUAUUCAAUGUGUGUUCUUAUUAAUUUUGUAAACCGCAAACACAGAGAUUAAGUCAGCUAGAAUAAGACUCAAAUCAUCAGACUAUUAAAAUGAGUAUUUUGUUUA